AUGCUUGCUCGCGGUGUACGAAAUGUUAUUUAUAAUUAUACCGAAGCUCAGCGUAAAGUUCGGUCGGCGACAUCGAACGAUGCUUGGGGACCAUCGCCAGCAUUGAUGCAUGAAAUAGCUGACUUAACCGAUAACGUUGUUGCCUACGCUGAAAUUAUGCCAAUUAUCUGGAAGCGUUUAAACGAUCACGGCAAAAACUGGCGACAUGUCUACAAAUCCUUAGUCUUACUUGAUCAUCUGAUAAAAUAUGGCAACGAACGUGUUAGUCAACAAUGUAAAGAGAAUAUCUUUGCCAUCCAAACUUUGAAAGAUUUUCAAUAUGUCGAAGAACAAAAAGAUCAAGGGUAUAAUGUUCGUGAAAAAGCCAAACAGUUGGUUGCCUUACUCAAAGAUGAUGAACGUUUACGUAACGAACGUCGCAAAGCGCAAGAAGCGCGUGAACGUUUUUCAAGACAAGCAAUGGGAAUGGAUUCAAGUGGUGCUGUCACAUAUGCCCGUCCAGCCAAUUCAACAUCGAUGCGGCGCAACAGUGCCGAAGGCGGAGAUAGCUUUGGUAUGACGUCAUAUCCGUAUACAACUAAUUCGAUUGCACAUCGUUCGUCAUCAUUUAAUGAUAACCUACAUGCUGCAGCCGGAAAAGAUUUCGUACAACCAGCAAAUCAAGAGGAAGAACAACUGCAAAUGCAAAUCGCUUUAGCAGAAUCUCAACGUGAAGCUGAAGACCAAGAAAGACGCCGUCGUAACGAUGACUUGAAACUUAAAAUUGCCUUAGAACGAUCUGUCAAUGAAGGUUCACCUGAUGCUCUUCAUACACAAGGCUUUGAUUUCAAUACUAAUUCAAAUCUUUUCGAUGCGAAUCAUCAUCAAGAUCCCUAUGCGUCAGCAACAACGACAAGUAUGGGUUGGAAUCCACCUAAUAAUCGACCAUCGACUCAUCUCGGUUUUACCACAUCUACAAAUGAUCCAUGGUCAUCAGAACCAAGUGGUCGUACUUCUGCAAACACAACAACAACAGCAGCAGCGGCAGCAAUGAGCGAUCCAUGGCAAUCAGGAACGUCAACUUCCGACACUCAUGCUAAUCCGUGGGGCGAUAAUAAUCAUAAAAGUAACAAUAAUAGUACAGGUCUUUCCGUUAAUAUUGCUGAUCCAUGGGGUGUUGGUGCCAAUGGCCUUCACAAGCCAUCAGCAGCAGCAACAACUACCACCACGUCUCCACCGUCCACUACUUCAAAAACAAUUGAUAAUGAAUUAAGUGAAUUUUUUGGAGCGAGCGCAAAUAUUGCCACGAAUACCAAUGGGCAACAACAAGCAUCAUCGAAUCCAUGGAAUAUGCCAUCAACAACAUUUCCACCGACUACUGCUACCAGCAGCACGCUAAAUGAUAACAAUAAUAAUCUAUCAGGUUCGAUUUCUCCACCGAAUGUUGGCUUACCUGCAGGUGGCAGCAUGCUAUAUCCAACUAUUGCUGGCAGCAAUAGCAAUUCCAAUUCAACUAAUCCAAGUCCAUUUCCGCCAAAUAUUUCCGCGUCGCGCAAAACACCAGAAAGUUUCCUUGGCGAAAAUUUUAGUAAUUUAGUUAAUCUCGAUAAACUCGUUACAGAUCCAAAAAGUACUAAUCCAUUUGGCUCAACUGCUCCUCGAGCACCCAAUCCAUUUGCGAAUACGAUGAAACCGCCAACACUUGAACAACUCAGUUCGUCGAAUAACGUGGGUUUCACAACAGGCUCAACAUUACCACCACCACUUAUUCCUUCAUCAUUCAAUAAUACCACCACAUCAUCAAUCAAUUCAAGCAAUCCAUUUAUGUGA